AUGGUGUACAAGACUUGUAAGUCUCGGGUUCGCUCCGGCAACACUCUACGAACUUCUAAUUCAAGAGACAGACAUCUGUACAGAAGGCAGUCGUAUCUUAUUCGUCAAUCAACGAACGGCAUCAACGAAACUAUCUUGGAAGACCUUGGGUUCGACAAAGACGAUGUCGCAUACUCCCUUAACAAGAAAGGACGAUGGCUAGUGCCACAAAUUUUAAAACAUGAAUUCAAACACAAUGAUGCUAAUAUCAAAAUGGAUCUUGUUGAAUCCCAUAAAUUGAAACGGAAAACGAAGUGUACAGGAUUUCACUCUAAUAGCGGUUUUCUGAGAAAAGUUUUACCUAAGGGAACUUACUUCAAUGCCAGCAGCCUUCAAAACAAGACUUCAGCUUCGACAGUAACGGUCAACAUUGUUACUCCAUGUCCGACAACAAGCUCACUCGCUCACAAUCCUAAAUACCUCGAUUUCUCUCCGACCCCUACGCAACAUUGUGACAAAGAGUCGAAUCCUCCUAAAAGUAGAGCAAACACACGCAGAAGGGGACUAUUUGAGGACAUGACGUUGUACGAGCAACACGACGAGUUUGACUAUUCCGAAGACGAAGACGAAAAUUUCGAAAUCAACGAGGACGGUUACAAACGUCCAAAUGAAGUAUAUGUCGGAGACAUCAUUGUUCAUUCUAACGAUAUGCAAAAAUUACUCUUCGAAGAACUUGAACUAUCAAAACCUGAAGAAACCUCGAGAGGACCAUAUCACCAACAGCUAUUUGCAGAGGGACCAUGGAGGAAAGAGGAUGAAGAGGCGGAAGAAUAUUUAACUAAUCUCGCUUCAUCCGUGAUACCAAUAGCAAAGCACUUAACCUUCUUCAUACCAAACACAGAAGUGUUAACAGGGCAUCUCGAGGAAACCUUCGGCGAACACUACAUUGAAUGCCACUGCUUCCCACGGAAGUUCAUCAUUGACAUUACUGAUAGAGUAACCAAAACACUAAUGAAAGCUAAAGCUUUCCAUAAUAGAGAUAUGAAUAGAGUUGACCUGUCAACACUCCUGAUAUUUGCCUACGAUAUGUUUGGUAGUUUCAACAGCACAGACACAGAUUCUUUCAAAGUUUCCAUUAACAUGAAAACAUCCGAACUUUGUCUCAAAAUAAACACUCUUCCUGAAAACGAUGUAUUUGGAAUUGAAGAAAUUAUUCAGGGCGCGGUAGCCUAUAUAGAAUCUAUUCCUUAUGACAACUUUGUACAAAGGAAUACACCGACUCCUUACACCAGACCAGAAAACACCAGCCAAAGUAUUUUGAAACUACCUCUCCCAGAUGUAACGGUCUUCACUCCAGAAACCAUCAGUAUCAAAGACAUGCUGAAAGAGGCUAAAAAGAAAUGUCAUGAAUCAACAGGAAGCUUUGAAUCUCUUCCUCCAGACACGUGUUCCGUUUGCUUUGAAUCAAUUCUUGAGAGUUCUGCGACAGCCUUACAAGCAUGUGGACACUGGUUUUGUGAUCGUUGUUGGAAUGACCAUGUAACGUCGGCAGCCGAUGGUAUCACCGGGAGCAUUUCGUGUCCUGAAUAUAAAUGCAAGUCUCUUGUUGAUUUCGACAUUUUACUCACAACUUCGAAUCUUCAAAUUGUUGAAAAAGUGUUUCGACGACGACUUAGCACGGACAUUGCGAAAAGGUCAGACUCCAAAUGGUGCCCAAACAAAAAGUGCGGACGCGUUGUUAAGUGUGAAAAACAUGAAAUCUGGAAAAGCACUAAUGUUACUUGCGAAUGUGGAACCGAGUUCUGCUUUGACUGUUUACAAUCAGUUCACUGGCCAUUGUCAUGUAGGGAUCACGACAAGUAUUUGGAGAAACUUAAGGAGCAUGGACAUAUCGAAAGGGCAAAUUCUCCCGAGGAAGUGUUCACGUUCACUCUUCGUGGAAAACGUUGUCCUGUUUGCAAUGUUUUUAUGGAGAAGAAAGGUGGUUGUUUAUCUAUGUAUUGUAUAUGUGGCACAAAUUUCUGCUGGGGAUGUCGAACAAAAAUGGAGUUGCAUCCUCCGGAGUCUUGUUUCAACGGGGAUAUGUAUACUACAGAGGCUGAUAACUUUCGGACAAGGAAAUUCAAACUCGUUCAUAAAAGCAAUUAUGGUCUCACUAGUGACAUGCCAGACUGGUAUAAACGUGCUGUAACCAUUCGCAAGAGUACUAACCCUUCUAGGGUAAAAGUGAUGACGUCAGCCGUUCGAACCAUGUGCAGAGCUCUGACGUCAUACAAACGACGCAAAGAUAAUGACAUAGGUGCAGAACUUGUAAACUUUGAAGUCCAGCCAUCAAAUAUUCAUACCUCUUCAAUAGAUAAAAUCCAUCCAUUUCUAACUAGUAUGAUAAGUGUUAACCUCGAGGCAUCUCGCGUCGUCGAAUACACUACCGUGUUCCUCGAGAAAUCACGAGAUCAAAAUUUGGCAGAGAUGCGAGAUCGUCUCCAACGUCUGACUAAAGAUAUUUUCAGAAUUUUUAGCAAGGCGAACAAUCUGGAUUUGAAAUCUUCCAUCUCGCGUCUAUUUCAUCUUCGUAUCGAGUGCGAGAAAAUAGUCAAGGACUUGGUUAACUAUGUGGAAUAA